AGAUUUUUUUUCUAUAAUGGUUUGAGGUUAAAGUCCAACUUUGUGCCAUGUAUGUUAGAUAUAAUUUUUGACCUUCAAUCCUUUGUACAUAAUAUACUUCAAUCACAACCUAGACCGAUGUAGCACACAAUUUACUUAUUAUUAUUGCUUAAUACAUCAGGUUCUGCCCGGACAUUACAGUCUAGACAAGAGAGGAUAUUUUCCUGAAGUUAAAAUUGAGUUGGACGUGCUACAUUUUCUACACAUUGAUAUCCAAUAAUUGACAUAAAUGUUGUCUAAGCAGCUAGACCGACAUCUCAUAUUUGCUAUGGGAUUGCUCGUAGCUCUGAUAAGCAAUGUGGAAUCGGCAAAUGUUCUUCUCUCCGGUGCCUUCGGGGAUGGCAGCCAUUAUUUUACGAUGGCUGCUAUCGGUAAGACACUGGUGGACAGAGGUCAUAAUGUGACUUUCCUCAUUUCAGACGAGUACUCCAACCGCGCAACUGACCCCGAACACGCUACGAUCUUUAACUUUAAAAUGUUUCAUCUUCCCGGUUUGAAGAAAAGAAUGGAUAAAAUCUUCGACCAAACAGCGGAAAUGGUAUUCGCAGAAGACUGGACAAUAAAACGUAUGUUGGAGAUGAAGGAUACGUUCGUUUCUGUGAAUAGGGAUGCCUGUGAAUCUGUUCUAAACGAUCAACGAUUGAUGGACGAUUUGGCACAAUUCGAUGCUAUCGUCGUCGACGUGAUAUGGAUGUGUGGUUUGUAUGCCAAGUCCUUUCUUGAAAGACAUAGAGGUAUCGAGAACAUUCGUACCACCGUUCUAGCACCCAUGACGCCCCUUCCCUACAUUUUCCAAGAAGCAGGUUCUCCGUUUAUAACAUCUUACCAACCAGCUCCUCUGACGUCACUCACAUCAGAUAUGACAUUUUUACAGAGAUUCCGAAAUACCAUGACCUACAUAUUUUUCGCGGUUUGGGGGAAUAACAUGGCGGUCACCGGAUUUGCAUCUGACUUUGUGGAGAAGUAUGAUCUAGAUCCUCGGUUGGAAUCCAGUGUUAGUGAUCAUGUUGAUCUUUAUCUCAUAAAUAUAGAUUUCUCAGUUGAAUUUUCCUUUGCAUUGAUGCCAAACGUUAUCCCAGUGGGUGGACUCACAACAAGACCAGCCAAGGCCCUCAAUAAUGAGCUAGAAAGCUUCAUGCAAUCGUCCGACGAGCAAGGAGUUAUCCUCUUUUCCCUCGGGACGUAUGUUGGCUCAUUAACAAAGACUCGACCUGACAUUAUUCGGAUGUUUAUCAACGCUUUCAGAAGACUCCAACAUAAAGUUCUCAUUCAAUUAAAAGAGUUUCCUGCAUACAAGAUGCCUGAUAACAUCAAAGUGAUGGAAUGGUUGCCUCUAAAUGAUUUGCUCGGGCAUCCCAAGACACGUGCGAUUCUGUACCAUGGAGGCAACAACGGGUUCCUUGAGGCGUUAUACCACGGUAAACCCCUAAUCGUCAUGCCGCUGCAAGCCGAUCAGCAUGACGUUGCAGCCAGAGUGAUUGCCAAUGGACUUGGUAACAGAAUUGAUAAAGACCAUCUAACCGAGGAUUACAUCUACCAACAAGUCUCCGAAGUCCUUGUGAAUCCCAACUAUUCGGCCAACGCAAAACGUCUUUCAGCCAUAUUUCGUCAUCGUCUGACGACACCAGCGAGCACGGCAGCAUUCUGGAUUGAACACGUGAUCCAACAUGGCAGUGAUCACAUUCGUCCACCUACUCAUAACUUGAAUAUUAUCCAGUUAUAUCUCCUUGAUAUUGCGGCACUCGUUGUAUUUCUUCUUUUGGUCAUACUCUUUGUCGUACGAAGGGUCUUGAGAUGGUGUUGCUGUAUGAACAAAUUACCGAAGAGUAAACACGAAUGACAAGCUUGUUUUACGUUUUAUUAUUGUGUUUUGCGACUCCUGACACAUUGGCAGUGAACACUCUUGUUGCGUUCUAUAAUAGAACUGUUCUUGAGACUCUUGAUAGGUUUGCUCCUAAAAAUAUACGACGAAAGUCAUCUCGAACUAGGAAUCCUUGGUUUAAUGAGGACUUCUUAAUUGCUCGCAGAGUUAGGAGAAGAGCAGAGUUGAAAUGGAGAAAACACCCAUCUACAGCUAAUCGCAAGAAUCUCAGCGAUAGUAUCAAACAUCUUAAUGAUGCAAUUAACAUAGCCAAGCAAAACUAUCUGAUUGGAACUCUCGAGAAUGCCAACACUAAGACUGUAUUUAAAACAGUUAACAAUCUUCUCCGACAAAAUGAGAGAGUUCUUCCAUCGUUCGACUGUCCAAUGAACUUAGCAAACUGUUUCUCAUUGUUUUUUCACUCUAAGAUUCAAAACAUCCGCAAGAGCUUUGUAGAUAAUAGCACUGUAAAGUUUGAUGACAAUAUUAGCUUAUCACCUGAAACUGUGUCAUUCUCUGAGUUUGAUGUAAUCUCUGAGGACAAUGUAAGAUCUGUUAUCUCCAACAUGUCUUCAACAUCAUGUUUGUUGGACUCUCAACCUACUUGGUUCCUAAAGAAAUAUGCAUCGGCUAACGUUUCUUCUCUAACUAAAAUUGUAAAUACGUCUUUGCAAACUGGUAUAUUUCCCACAGAUGUCCACAAGGCUGUAAUUACUCCAAUCCUCAAGAAGCCCUCUCUCAACAAGGAAGAGCUUAAGAACUAUAGGCCUGUUAGCAAUCUAAGUAAUGUUGCAAAGAUUAUUGAGAAGUUGGUAGCAGUUCAAUUCACUGAUCAUCUAGCAAGUAAUGGUUUGAAUGAUGAAAUGCAAUCAGCAUACAAGACAAACUUUAGUACAGAAACAGCCCUUUUGUGGCUUCAGGACUUUGUUUUAUCUGCUUUUGAUCAACGACGUGGGGUUUUUCUUGUUCUUCUUGAUUUAAGUGCUGCAUUUGAUACUGUCGAUCAUGAACUCUUACUUGAUAGACUUGAAUCUAAAUUAUGUGUAAAUGAUACUGUGCUUAAGUGGAUGAGAUUCUAUUUGUAAGGAUGGUCAUCCCAAGUUGUAAUUGAGGGCCAUCUAUCUGAAUCUGUACCAUUACAAUAUGGUGUCCCUCAGGGAUCGGUGCUUGCCCCCAUCUUGUUUACAAGCUAUAUUACACCAAUUUCAGAUAUAAUUAAACGUUACAACCUUCAUUAUACUGUGUAUGCUGAUGAUAUCCAACUCUUUACUCAUUUUGAUAAUGUUGAUUAUAAUAAUGCCUUUCAAAUAUUGCUGCAUGUAUUGAUGAAAUAAGAACAUGGAUGUCUGCCAACUUUCUACGUCUCAAUGUCCAAAAGACCGAUUUCAUUGCCUUCACACGUACUCCAUUAUCCACAACUAAUCUUACUCUAAAGGUAGGUAAUGAUGUCAUUCUAUUGUCACGUAGUGUAGUCAAUCUUGGUGUUACUCUAGAUUCAUCCUUUUCUUGACCAACCAUAUUAGCAAUGUAGUACGCACAUGCAAUUAUCAUAUAAGAAACAUAUGGCGAAUAAGACGAUUUAUAGAUCAGAAGACAUGUCAUCAUGCUGUUCAAGCUCUGAUAAUUUCCAGACUCGAUUACUGUAAUGGUCUGUUUUCUCUCUUGUCUGCCAAAGAUGUAAAGCGCCUACAAGGUGUCCAAAAUCAGGCAGCCAGACUUAUUUUUAAGUUAGGACGGCAGGCACAAACUUCUUAUUUAAGACAAUUACACUGGCUGCCUAUUGCUCGUAGAAUUGAUUUCAUACUUUGUCUAUAUGUACAUAAAUUUUUCACAAAUCAAACUCCAUCUUAUUUCAACAACAAUCUAUCAGUCUACACACCCAGACGCACACUCCGAUCAUCAGAUGACAAGACCCAAUUAUUAAAACCAAGAUUCCUUUUCACACAGCAAACGCUUUGGAAUAGCAGCACCCAAUAUUUGAAAUAACAUACCGAAAAGCACUCGUGAAAUUGCCAAUACCCGUACUUUUAAGAAACACCUGAAGUCGUAUUUCUUUAAUGCAUGAUUUAUUUUUGUUUUGUAUGGUUUAUGAAUUUGUGAUUAUGUUGUAUUAUUAUUGAUUUUGAUGCAAAUUUUUGUAAAGCGCUAUGGUACAAACGUGAAUAGCGUUUCUUAAAUACAAGAAUUAUUAUCAAGUAUACGUUGGAUUAUUGUAUGACUAUAGGGGAUAAAAUUGAAAUCGUAUCCCCGGGAUACGAUUUCAAUUUUAUGGUUUAAUUAAUUAUAGCCAUUAGAUUUCAUGAGUUGGACAUCGAAGAGUGCAAAUGGCCGAAGACAAAGCAUAUGGAGAUCAGAUACUGUACGAUUCCACCACGAUGUGUUUGUGAGGAAUACGACCUUGCCACUCCUUGAUCUUCCGAUUUUGUAUUGUGCAUUUACAUGUAUAUUCUGAUCUGGGAGUGGCCGGUCACUCAAAUUUGAUGCACUGUGCACUUUUUUUUUCAAUUUGCGUUCACUUCUGCGUAGGAGUGUGUCGCGGGCCGAAAAAUGGUUGAAUUGUGAUUUUCACAAAAAUUGUGACCUUUCUAUAGAAUGACCGAGUAUGUUUCCAAAUACUGUAAAAAAAAAAAUCCAAACGAAUCUAACAGUGUCAUUAUCAUGGUUAUUGCUGUUCCGUUUUUAAACGUUAACUUUACCAAAGAGUUACAGGGGAAAGGGGUGUAUUUACAAAGGAAUGGCAGCAAAACGAUAUAUUUAACAAAUCUCAGUCCCGUGGUUGUGAGAAGCGAUGUGCUGGAGCACCCAAGAUUUUUUUCCGUACGUUAUACUCAUAGGCAACAUUCCCUGAAAAUCAAGAUGGUAUGCUAAAAUGUAGUUACAAAUAAAAAUCCCCUUCCUUUUUUAGCUAUGUUUUUCGACAGUAUUUUUUAAAGAUAGUGUAUAGUAUACUAUAGUAUAUCAUGAUAAGGCUUAUUGAUUGAAAAUUCAUAAGAUUUUGCAUCUAGGGUCUGAAAGAUAAUGUUUAGAAAUUGCUAAACACAAACAUAAAAUGGCCAGAUCAAGUUAAAAAGUCAAAUACAAUCAGAAAAGUCGGAUUGCAAAUAGGCAAGUAAACUUGAAUGAAGGCA